AUGACUCGUGACGACUCCCACAUUGUGGUCGAUGCCAUUGUCAUUGGCUGCGGCUUUGGUGGAUGCAACUCGCUUUACAAGCUUCGAAAUCUCGGCCUAUCUGUGAGAUUGAUAGAGGCCGGCAAUGCCUUCGGUGGCGUAUGGCACUGGAAUUGUUACCCAGGAGCCCGUGUAGACACUGAAAUGCCAUCAUACCAGUUCAACAUUCCUGCAGUCUACAAAGGAUGGAACUGGUCUGAGCGAUUCCCCGGCGACGACGAACUCCGACGCUACUUCCAGCAUGUUGACUUGGUACUUGGUAUAAGUCAAGACACAUUCUUCAAUACUAUUGUCACAGGCGUACAAUACAAUGUGACGGGUCGUUGGAAUAUCUCUACAAAUACUGGCCUUACAGCAUCCUGCAAAUAUGUCAUCGCAGCAACUGGAUCAUCUCAAUUAGUCCAUUCUGCAGACUAUCCAAAGCAGCUUGACGUCAAGGGAAAGCAUGUUGGCAUCAUUGGAAAUGGAGCUUCCGGUCUUCAAAUUGUGCAGAAUCUCGCAAAAGAGGAUUGCAAAUUGAAUGUGUUCAUCCGAACUCCCUGCUUUGCCAUCCCCAUGAAGCAACGCUCAAUCCCACCAGAGGAAGCCGAGAUGAUGAAAGGGCACUACGAUGGUAUCUUUGAGCGAUCCUACAACUCUGCCUCGGGCUUCCCUCACAAUACGCUCUUCCAGUCAGCGCUGCAGGCCACUCCCGCGGAGAGAAAAGAGCUAUUUGAUGAACUUUGGGCCCGAGGUGGAUAUAGCUUCUUGGUAUCGAACUACUACGACUUUCUCCUCAAUGAAAAGGCAAACUCUAUUUUUUACGACUACUGGGUAAAGCAGAUCCGAGCCCGUAUGACAGACCCCGCGAAAAUGGACCUUGUUGCGCCGCUAAAGCAACACAUGAUUGACCGAGCCAAUGUUACUCUACAUGAUCUGAAAAAUUCACCCAUCGUUGAAUUUGACGCCACUGGUGUGACUAUUGGAAAUGCACAAGUGUCCCAACACCUCGAACUCGACGUGUUGAUUUUUGCCACUGGUUAUGAUGCUGUCACGGGCAGUUUGUUGGACCUUUCAAUCAUGGACAAUAAUCAGGUACCCAUGUCAGAGAGGUGGAAGAAUGGAGUCUCAACCCAUCUUGGGUUGAUGGUUCCUGAUGCUCCUAAUCUCUUUAUGGUCUAUGGUCCACAGGCACCUACCUCUCUCGCCAACGAUCCACCUUUUAUCGAGAUGGAAGUUGACUGGAUCUGCAAGGUCAUCUCAAAACUGCAACAGGAAGGUGUUGCAGCUAUUGAGCCCACGCAAAGCGCAGCGGCGGCUUGGCGAGAGCAAGUUGUGGCUGUGAGCCGGAACACUCUAUAUCCGAGAACCGAUUCUUGGUAUAUGGGUGCGAAUAUUCCAGGGAAACGACGAGAGCCACUUAUUUAUUUGGGUGGUAUGCACAGCUGGUGGAAGGCAUGUAUGAAUUCUCUAGAGAAUUGGGAAGGCUUCGCAACAUCCGUUUGA